UACCAAUAGAUUUCUUUCUAUUAAACUUUUAUUUAUCGAAUUUAAAAAUUAUACAACAUAUUCUGACAUAGCAACAAAUUAUUGUCUAUGUGCGUUAACCAAAUAAACAUUCCAAAAUAAGUUAUCGAAUAUUUAGAUCGCCUUAAGUAACUGUUAAGAUAACUGUUUAGAAUUAAUAAUAAAAACUACUCAUUAUACUAAGAAAAAUAAUAUACAUUUAGAAUCGUUGAUAUGCAGGGUUUAGCUAACACUGUCAUUCGUCUUGACUGGUAGGGUAAAUGAAAAUCUAAUAAACACGAUGUUGAAUCAAGCAUAUUGUUCUUGAUAGUAAUGUUAAUGUUAAGUGACACUUUCUACUGAUGUUUACAAAUUUAAAUAAAGUUUUCAAUGUUAGUGUAGCAAAGGUAUAUUUCUCAAGUAGCACAUUAAAAGUACAAGUAAUGGCAGAACAUCAUUUGUAUGAAAUUAUAACUGCUUAGUAUAUCAUAUCUUAUCUGAACCAAUGAUAAUAAAAUAAAUAAUCUCUUUUUCUAUACAAUCUUAAUAUUAAAAUGAUAUACCUGCUAUAUUUCAUUGGUUUAUAAGUGAAGAGAAAUUAUCACGUGUCAUGCAACAACGUGAUACAAACGAAAGUAGAAUAAUUCAUUUAUUUAUGAUUUCGAUUAAAAGAACAAUCGUAUUUCCGAAGAUUAUCGAUUUGUUUUUAAAUUUUUACUUAUAUUUCCGUAUUUUUGUCAUUCAUUGUUAUUGUGAACCUACUUAAUGUCGUAUUUAAAUAGUAUUACGUGUAUAGUAGCGCGUAUAGUAUUGAACAAAAUUUGAUUCACGAUUACAAUGCGUCAUUCAUCGUAUGAAUUUAUUGACUAGUAGAAGUGCGAUUAGUGUGAAAAUGGAAAGAAGUGGAAACGAAAAACAACAGUUACAGAUUAAAGAAAAUAUGGCGAAGGAAAGUAAGCAUGAGAAAGGAGUAAAAUCCUGUUGCGAUUUAUCCGUCAACUUGGGUGUUUGUCAGUCCUUGCCAGAGAUUGAAUUUGAGCGAGGCAUAUGGUAUGCAGCUCAAUAUAAUGAUAAAGACAAAGUAGAAGGAUUUUUAAGAAAAGAAAUUUCGGUAGAUAUCGAAGAUUCAGCUGGAUAUACGGCUCUUCACUAUGCAGCUCGAAAUGGACAUUAUCAGAUUUGUGAAAUGUUGUUAAAAUAUGGAGCUAACGUAAACGCUAAAACACGUUGCGGCCAAGCAACUGCUCUUCAUAGAGCAGCUACUCAAGGACACGAUCAUGUCGUUGAAAUUUUGUUAAAGUAUGGUGCUAAUGCGAAUUUGAAGGACGCUGAUGAAUAUACUGCUCUGCAUAGAGCUAUUAUUGCUGCUCGCGUCUCCAUUUGUCAAAUUUUGAUUCCACAUUCGGAUCUGUCUAUCGUCGAUAAGAAAAAUCGUACUGCAAAACAAUUGGCUAACGAAUAUUGUAACGACGUAUUAUCGCUUUUAUCUUCAUAAUAUUAUCUCAUAUGUUUCAUCUUAUAUCGUUUAUUAUCUUCGAUUUAGAAAUAAUCGACUAAUGUAAAAAAGUCACCUAUACUUCGAUCUAUUAUUGAACUAUAGCGUUACACUUCAAUGCUGAUCUUCAUCAGGUGUCACAAUGAUGAUCGUAACUUUAAUAAAUAAAUAAAGUAUAAUAGCCGU